AUGGCAACGAGAAAAGAACGAGAACCCGCGAGAUCAAGUUGCCAAAUGGCGGCGAGCAUCAAGGAUCUCGUUGAUUUUUUUCCGGAGGCCGAUGAUAAACCAAAGCUACUACAUUUACUAAAAGGUUCCAUAUCAAAAUGUCCCCGAAAACAGUUACAAGAAGACUUAAAAAGUGUAAAUCUUCAAAAGUUCUUUGCAACAUUCCCUACACUUGACGAAGAGGAGAUGAAGUUAUGCUGUGAGGUCAUUGAUUCUUUAUUUGUGUCUUUGGAUCCCGAGGUUGUGGUUGGAAGUUAUUCCAAUGAAUUAAGACAAGGAUUGGGAGUAGACAAUGCUUCAGUUCAAUUGCUAUGCUUAGCAGAGAUAAAACGUCUACCCAUUGACUGGUAUAACACAUUUGUAACUAAAGAUGAGUCUGCAAUCUCCAGUAUGAUUCACUUGAUAACUUGCGAACCUCUUCAGGUCGCCCUCUCGUCUGUAUCUGCUCUUUCAAGACUUGAGGGUGUCUUGGAUAAGCUGGAGAUUUUAUUAAGCAAAAUCAAUUCAGAAUCUAUACUUGCCUUACUGCUCCCUGGUCUUCUCGUCUUCUUUGGGUGUCUGGCCAAAAGCCGGCCUGAAGAAAUUUGUGGCAAAUAUAAAUUAUUUAUGUUAAAUCUCUUCUCAAGUACCAAUAGUUCGGAUAUGACGUUACGGGGAAUUGCCUUGGAAACCUUGGCUCAAGUUGGCUCCACAGUAAAUGGAAAAUUGAUCCUCAGUCAAUUUUCUUUACUGAAGAAAUCUUUGGCUCGGAAUAUUAUCAAAAAUUGGUCCAAUACCAUCGAGCUGGCCCGAUUUACGUUGAAUGUGAAAGUGCUGUUGCACUUGAGGGAGGCACUUAAGAUGUGA